AUGAAAGCCUGCGACUUGUUCAUCCGCCUGCUCUCACUUUCGGCGCUGGUCAUCGGCGUCUGCUCAAUGCCCUACAAGAAAUUAGUUUUCAAGCACGUCUGGUCGAGAACACAUGCAACAAGGCCACAAACACUCGGAAAUUGCAAGUUUGAAACUGACGUUAGCGUGGACCAGAUACCUAGACCAGGGGAGGUCUACGGCAUUUACGUCAACAAUCCUUUGGAAGUAGCUGUGAUGGUCCGGGUCAAGGUCAAAGGCAGUGACCUCCUUAAACCCAUCACACGACACAUCAUUCAGCCCAAUACAAUCAUGCCCUGGACAAAAUACAAACUGUGUGAAUUGGGCAAGUAUCCGACAGAAGUAAAGGUUGAAUAUUUCAUCACCAAGGCAGAUUACAAGAGGCUGCGAAAACCCCUGAGCCAAAGUAAGUAA